AUGUAUAUUAUAAGCUCUUGCCUCAAUAAAAAUCUCAGAUUGGCUGCCAACGAGCACCGGCUUUGCGCUGGAAGACCCAUCAGGAUCCCCAUCAGAUACGAAAAGCUGAAAAGUUGUCGCCUUAACAGAUCAUUUAGCAUCUGUACUACAAAACGCGCUUCCGAUACACCUCGCACAAUUUUUUCUGGUAUCCAGCCUACAGGCGUGCCUCACUUGGGUAAUUACUUGGGUGCUUUGAAGGAAUGGGUUCGAUUACAAGACACUGCGUCCGAAGGGACAAGACUUGUGUUCUCUAUCGUGGAUUUACAUGCGCUCACAGUGCCCCAAGAACGCUGCCAGUUGAGGGACUGGAGGAAACAAAUGCUCGCCGCGUUGAUUGCCGUGGGCUUGGAUCCAAAUCGCUCCACGCUCUUCUAUCAAUCCGCCGUUCAAUCACAUGCUGAGCUGUUCUGGAUCUUAUGCACGAUAGCAUCUAUGGGAUACCUAUCUCGAAUGACUCAAUGGAAAAGCAAGCUUCAGUUACCCGACGAAGCGACUCUCGAAAGCCAAGCAGCAAGAUCCGAGUUACGGCUUGGCCUUUUUUCAUACCCUGUUCUCCAAGCAGCGGACAUACUUGUUCACAGAGCUACCCACGUUCCAGUUGGAGAGGAUCAAAGGCAACAUCUCGAAUUCUCUCGGAAUAUUGCGAGUAGUUUUAACCAUCGAUAUGGGCGGGUUUUUCCAAUUCCGGAGGCUCUUAUAUCACCCGCUAGGCGAGUGAUGUCUCUCAAAGAGCCUACUCUUAAGAUGUCCAAGUCUCAUAGUGACCCACGAUCCAGAAUUCUUCUCACCGACUCCUCUGAGGAAAUUCGUAAGAAGAUCAAGGUUGCGCUCACGGAUUCGGAAGCAGGCGUAACGUAUGACCCCAUUGGCAGGCCCGGUGUGUCGAAUCUCUUAGAGCUUCUUAGUCAUUUUGACGGAAGAACAUGCGAGGAUUUAGUUUUGGAGCACCGAUUUUCUAGUCUCAAGGCUUUGAAGGAAACCCUAGCAAAUCAGAUCUCGAGCAAGCUUGCGCCUAUCAGGGAGACAUACUUACAACUAAUUGCGGACAAGGGCGGGUAUCUAGAUGCUGUCUCUGAACAGGGAAAGCAUACAGCCAGGACCAAUGCCGAACAGACUAUGAGCCAUGUCAGGAAUGUAAUGGGUCUAUGA